CUUCUUCUUACCUUCUCGACUGCAUUUACUCGACAAUUCUCACAUCGAGAUGGCGAGUGUUGAGGAUGAGCCGAUCAGUACGCUCUUGAAGCCAUUGCCAUUACCACCAUACGAAUUCGACUCAGCAUUAAGCGAAGAUGAAAACUUUUUGACCUGGGUUUCAAUAUUGGCUCGACAUUCCUCAUCGAAGAAAGGACAUAUGGGAUGCAUUCUGACAAGACCUCCAAAGCAAGGUGAUCCAACAGCUGCAAGCGGAUCAAAAGGUUGCCUACCUCCCGUUCAAGAACGUAUUAUUCACUAUUCCAACAAUACGCCUCUCUUGUUCGCACGAUUUGCAAAAGGCGUUCCUGAAGUACAUGCAGAAGCAUUGGCGAUCUCUCGAUGUGCACGUUUAGGUAUCCCGAUAGAAGGAUGUACGGUUUACAUCUCUUUUCCGCCAUGCAACGAUUGUAUGAAAUUGCUCUUAAGCGCAGGCGUGAAAAGAUGCGUUUUCAAAAAAGCAAUCUUGAAUCAAACUUCUCAAGGUGAAGCAGCCCUUGUGGCAGCAGAAGUUGAAGGAAUGGAAUUGGUUGGUACUUUGAAUCCAAUGGUUGCAGGGAAAGGCUCAAACGAUGAACAAGCAUCAAAAACUAAAGCAGAAGAACGAAAACUUGAUGAAAUGCGUGAUAAACGUGUUCGUCAAUUUUGGGCAGAUCAAGCUGAAGACGCAGAGAAGACUAGAGCAAGGAAUGCAAGAUGGUGGGAAGAUUAUAUGUCUAGGUAUAAAGCAGCAGAUAAGAUCAUCAAAGAGCGAUACGGACAUUCGAAAGUAGAGCAAGAUGAAGAGAAGCGAGCAGCAGAGAAACAACAGAGAUGGGAAGCGAAAAGAUUAGCUCAAAGUCAAAAACCAAUCGGAAAGAAGAAAGCAGCAAAAUUGGCACGAGAAAUACAACAGCAAGCUGGCACAUCUGCGAAUGGGGACAGUAUCAAUCACAGCGAUGAUGACGAUGAUCUAGAUGAGUUGAUGAAUCGGGAAGUACCUCGAAAGCGUGCAAGUGCAGAUGAGGAGGAAGAUGAAAACCAAAAGGCUGCGAAACUGGAAUAG